CGACGAUAAACAGAUGAGAUUCGUAUUAUCAUAUCAACACAGGUCAGGUGACGUACAUGUACUUUUUCUUCUGGCAAUGCAGCUCAAGGUUUGAGUGAAUUCAAAUAAAAUUGUUUUGAACAAGAAGUUGCCCGCGAGGCAUUGUCCAUUCUUGUCACCAUGGGGCAGUCGUCAAGCACGAAAGAGCGAGCCAUGGAACCAAGCUACGAGAAUUUAGAGUACCAGGGCCUCUUCACCGAAGCAGAGCUGGAGGAGAUGGGCCAGACGUACCAGGCGAUCUGUCAGCUCGGCAAGGAAGCUGCAGAGAAAGCCUGCGGGUUUAGUCUACUCCAACUUCAGAGGUUCAUCGGAGGGAAACUCCCGGCGUCAAUCGUGGGGCGUCUGCACAAACAACUCCAGGCCAGAGAUGGGUCUCAGGAGGGGGCGGGGAUAUCCCGGAACACCUUUGUGGACACCAUGGCGUGCCUGAUGAAGGGAACUCCGCAGGAGCAGAGCAACUUGCUCUUUGCUCUGGUCAGUGACGAGGAGGCAGAUGCGAUGUCAGUAGGUCAGGUGUCAGAGCUGAUAGGUUCCAUGCUGAAGUCUUACGAGGCAGCCCUGAAGAGCUACGAUAGGAUGAAUGGCUGGGAAUUGACAUGCACAGCAGAAGCCAACCAAAAAUUCAUUGACGCGGUCGUGCAGUUUUUUGGCUCAGACGGUAGCAAGCCCGCUGCGGAGGCCAAAGUGAGCAGGGAGGACUUUGCACGGUGGCUGCAGCACACUCCGCUGGUGCAGCAGAUCAUUGCCGACGUUUUCCACCUGUGCUUCUCGGCCGCGUCCAGAUCGCCUGCUGCAACAGCAUCAACAGACACCGACACCUCGGUCCUUCACCACCUGCCCAGCCUGCCCCGCUGUCUGGGCGCCAACUGGCGCAAGCUUCACACCCAGCUAGACAUCCCCAGCCUCCUGAUCCUCACCCGCCACCUGCCCCACCACCUUCGGGACCAGUGGCGGUUCCUAUACUCCACGGCGGUCCACGGGCUGCCCCACCCCCUUCGGGACCAGUGGCGGUUCCUAUACUCCACGGCGGUCCACGGGGCCAGCUUCGCCACGCUGCUGGCCCACGUCACCCGCCGUGGCCCCACUGUGCUGCUGGUGCGGGACACAGAGGGCCACCUGUUUGGUGGCUUUGCGUCGGACAGCUGGGAGAUUGGGCCCAGCUUUGUUGGAUCCAGUAGGUGUUUCUUAUUUAGCCUCGCCCCCAAGGUGGGAAUCUAUGAGGCCAGCGGCCAGAAUGACCACUACAUGUACUUGAACAUUGACCAACAGACGCUACCAAAUGGACUGGGAAUGGGCGGCCAGUUUGACUAUUUCGGUCUCUGGCUAGACCAGGAGUUUGGCCAGGGUCACAGCAGGGCCAGACCUAAGUGCCUGACAUACGGCAGCCCCCAACUCUCCGGAAAGGAAGACUUCACCAUCGAUCUUGUGGAGGCGUGGGCUGUCGGUCCUCCCCCAAAGAAACCAGAGGAUGAGGACGAAGACACCAAGAAGAGCAUCCUCGACAAAGACCCGGAGGCCCAGGCCCUCCUGGAGCUGAUCGGCAAAGGGAGAAAGAGCGAAGGGCUCAGGGAGGAGGACCCGAUGGCGGACAUACCGGAGGUGCACGAACUACCCACCAAAUAGAUGCUGUUAUGGCUCAACCUACAGCCCAGUUUCCAUGAGGUCGCAACGAUUGCCGACAGCACGGAAGAUGUUAAGAUGCAGACAUUCACAAAAGAGACAGUUUGUGAUGUCAUGUGACCCUAAAAAUUACUCAAUAUUGUAUCCUUAAUGCUGGAAAUUUUCAUACGUAAUGUUUUUUUAGGUUGUCAUACCACUUUGUGAAGCCAUUUUAGAUUUGUGUUUCAUUUCUUUAUUUAUAAAAGGAAACAACAGGCCCAAUACGUAGCACUCAAGCGACAGGGACAUCAUUGUACGCCCGUCUUGCCAGUAUAUGCAUGUGUUAAUGGACCUAGACAUUUGGCAAUGGUCAGUUUGGUCCAGCGUGCAGACUAUCUGCACCUCAUUUCCGUUAGUCACAAGAAAGCAUUUUCACACGACUGCUUUGACACUGUUGGCUGCAUCCCUGUACAUUGUAAUGGAAACUGGGCCCUAGUCAACUAGAUACAGGGUGCUAAUCACUUUAUGGAGAUGGAGUCAAGAGGCCUUUUCCAGGGGACGUUCCAAAUCUGGGCAUCAACUGCUUGUGUGCCUGUAAAGCUCAAAUUAAAACGAAGUUCUUCCAUCUUUAAACCGCUUUUCAACAAAAUGUGCACAACUGUGAAGCACAAAGGGGUAAAGCCAUGCUAUAGGUCCAAAGGAGAGGAUUCCUGACACAAGUGCACGAACAGGAGUGAUUUGUAAAGUGGCCGCUCUUUUCAGUACAGUCGCACAAUGUGGUAUUACCUCACAUGGUAUCAGCGCAAAGAUAGUAUGAAGCUAUUGCCAAGUGUACUUCUAUUCAAGUGUUUAAUGAGUCCGUUUUGAAAAAGUGAAACAUUCCAUUUCAAGCACAAAUAGACCAUCAGUGUAACUGGUUACCAAGAUGGUUGUAAGAGAACUUCUUUGCGGCUGAAAUAUCUUGAUUAACACAUUCAGAACUGGUGAAAUGUAUCUCUUAAUGUACAUUGUGGAUAAUUUGUUGAACAUGUGCAUUGUUAGUAUUAUUCUAAUUAUAAAUUUUUUCCGGUAAUGACACCAAGGAUUCCUCAAAAGCGCCAUUGGCACUGUAGAUUGUAAACCUGAAGAAACCUGUAGAGAGGAGACGGUGAGAGGCAGUUGCAGUUUUAGAGGUGGAAUAUUCCGGGUAAAAACCGCAGAAUCAGAUAGAGACUGAAAACUCAAUCCACAUACGGACCGAGCCGGGAAUCGAACCCAGACCGCAGAGGUGGAAGGUGAGGAAAUAACCAUUCACCAACCUGACUGCCCUAGAGAUAUGGCGCAGAUAUGAAUCAUUGACUUCAAUAAGGUCUAAAUGUCAGAUGCCAUAGGAAUUUCAAGGUUAAAACCAUGUAUGAUUUACAACAUACAGUCAGCAAUUUUUAUGAAUUACUGCAUUUUCUGUAAUCAUUGUUUGAAGCAUUAAGUACUCAAUUGGUUGUUUCAAAUGAUUUGGGAGUAGAGCAUUUAUAUUCAAUGGUUUCAUCUUGCCUCCCUUCUGUAUAAACAAAUUCAGUUCAUGUAGAAAAAAAUGUACCUAUUGCCAGAAUAGUAAUUUGGUUGGAUUAAUCUCAUUCUUUUAUCUAGUUGUUAAUUAUUAAAAAGAACGAUAGUAUACACAAUAGGUUGAGGAAAAGAGUAAAUUUGGAUUCGAAUCUUCUCCUUUUCAACAGAAACACUGUUUUUCAUUUGAGGUAUAUUGAUUAAUUUACAAACUGUUCUAAAGUUAGCUAAACAAUGUCAAGAAUUAUGUGUUAAUUAUCUAUAUAGUUUUGAAUUUAAAGUGAUGCUUUAUUGCAAUCACAACGUACAGAUUCAAAAUCACGCUCAUAUAGUUUUCAUCUCUCAAAUGUCCUGUUUUUAGCUUUAGAAUAAAGGAAAGUUCUGAAGUUUAUGUGUAUAUAAGGCCACAUAUUUUUAUUCUGAAACAUUGACAUUUGAACAUACAUCAAGACUAGUUUGUUGCCAGUAUGUUGCUAUCAACUCUGGAAUUUAAUUAUACAUACUAUAGAAUUUAUGAAAGAAAUUUUCAAGUGUUUCAAGUAAAUCAGUGCACAACGAUAUUGUCCUUAUUUUGGUGCGGGUUAAUAAAUUGUAUUAUCAACUGAAGUUGAAGACACUUGUUUACAUAAA